CCGCCCCGCACCGAGUCGGCCCGUGCACUGUCGCUCUCCCCCAUUUGAGGUGGCCUCGGCGCGACUUUUGAGCGGCCGCGGAUGGAGGUUCCGGCCGUCGAGGCCGGCACCCCCGGCUCGGGUGCGCUCACAGUGGACGAUGUCAUGGCCUUCCUGCAGAGCGAGGCCGCCGUCUCUCCUGGGCUGCUCGACAUCCCUGCCGCCUUUGACGGGCCGGCGGACCGGCUCCCGCCAGCCGCGGCGGCGGCGUGCGUGCCGGUGCAGCCGAUGCACCUGCUGCAGGGCGCCUUGGUGCCGACCGCACACGGCGCGUCCGUCCUCGCCCCCGCCUUCGCGCCGGCGGCCAUGGCGCUGGCGCCGCCAGCCGGGCCUGCGCUCGCCCCUUGGGCGGCGGCUCAUCUCGCCGACCUGUGCCAGGAUGGGGCUCUCGUCCAUGGCGGCGCUUGUGAAGCGAGCGGGCCCGCGGCUAUGCCCUUGGUGGUCCCGAGCGCCGACAGCGACGGCAGCAGCGGGGCGAUGGUCAGCAGCGGGGCGAUGGUCAGCAGCGGGGCGAUGGUCGUGCCCGAGAACGACCCGACGGUGCCCACCGCUGCCCUCCCCAAGGGCCAGUCCCACCUGUGCACCCGGCACAUGCGGACGCACGACACUGCGGGCGACGACACGGAGGACGCAGACUCCUUUGUGGAGCGGCGGCUGCCCGAGCCGGUCAAGGCGUCCGAAGCGGCGCUUGAGCGAGUCAAGGAGCGGAUCGCCCAAGAACAGAAGCAGCACGACCAACUGCGCAAGCAGACCCCGGCGGCGCUGCUCGCGGCGGCGGGCCUGAUCGGCCCCGGAGCGACGCACCCCUCGCAGCUGCGGCAGGGCGGCGAGGCGAGCCGGUUCCAGGCGUCCGACGACGGGCGGCGGCGAGGGGAAGGGGGCCCCUCUGCUGGGGACGCCUCCAACGACAGCGGCGGCGGCGGCGCGGGCAGCAGAGCCGCGACGCCGCUGGGAAAGCGGAGCGAACACCCGCGCCGCACCAGCGCCGACCAGAGGGAGGAGCCGCACCCGUCAUCGAAGCGGGCCGACGUGGUGCCCGACCCGCAGCUCUCAGAGACAUACUUCAUGUAGCGUGGCGGUGUUUCGAUCAGGUCAGAACGAGCGAUGGGAUCUGCUUCGUGCUUGAUAAAGUGCGGGGCGAAUGUUGUUUGUGACAGGUGAUGGUGUGCUGUGCGUGUGAAUAUUAUCGUGCUACGUGCUCAUAUCUC